GGCGCAGCUCAGAGAUCACUAGUGCGCCGUGACUGUAUUCGACACCACGUACUGGACCAACAUGAAGUGUGCUAUAGUCCUCCUUCUGUGUCUGGCGGCCUGCCAAGCCGACGACCUAGCCUCCGCCGCAGGUCAAAUCUUCAACAAUAUCCUUCCCAAUCUCAUCAAAAACCAGGCGACUUCUAGUGACGGAAACAGCGCCCAAAACACUCUCCAGCAAAUCGGUACUGUUGUCGGCGGUGUAGUGGAUUAUGCCAAGACAAAGAGCUAUGAAGACCUUCUCAAAACAGUGCAGGACUCCACGACGGAUGAAGAUUUGCUGCGAGUCAGCGAAGAGAUGUUCAACGCUGAUAUCAAUAACGCAUUCAACUACAUCCAAGUGAACCUGCAGGGCCAAACCAGCCCCAUGUCUAAGGACGACAAGGCUCCUGCUAACCUCCUAGCUGUUAGCGACAACGUUUGGAACGGACCAACUAUCAAACCAUUCGUGGCUCUUUUCGACAACUACCACAAGAAUGUCAUUAGGCCAGAGUUCGUCACCCCUAAUGAAGAGUCCGAGCAAACUACUUACAUCAACACUAUUUUAGCGACCGGACCUAUUAGGAGUCUCAUGUCCUUCCUAGUAAGCAAAGGCUUGACUCAGCUGAAUGAAUACCAGGAACAAGUAAACCUGUUGAAGAAGAUUUGGUUCACCAAGUACGCGCGCCACUGGACCGGUCUGUGCAAGUGCAGCUGCGCCUUCGAGAACAUCUUCAUGGCUGAACUCAAGUCCAAUGAUGUUUUAGGUCUGCAUAGUUGGCUGUUCUUCGCUAAGCGAGAACAAGACCACAAGGCCAACUACCUGGGCUACGUCUCCAAACUUGACUUGGCUGGAAAAGGACUGAUCCUGAAGCAGCACUCCAUCCUCAGUGAAACGAAGGAUGCUCCCGAAGUGACCAUGUUCGUGGGAACAUCCCCCGAGCUCGAGACGGCCCUGUAUACCCUCUGCUUCAUGGCUCGCCCUGACGGACAGUGCAGGCUGCGUUACAACAAUGUGCAGUUCACCAUUCAGACCAAGACUCUCAAGGCUGAGAACGUCAAGCUUAUAGACACCGCGUAUCCAGUCUUCUAAGUGAUAGUCUUUAUUACAAUACUCUUAAGGUCGCAUUCGGUCGGUGAAAUGACAAAAACCAACAAACGUCCAUAGUUCAUACUCGUAAGAUGGUUAAAAGCAAGAUACGGUUUAUAGAGUUGGGUAUAAAUGAACUAUAGCUAAGCUAAGCGAAUAGGAUAAUGUGUACAUGACAAUAAUACUCUUAAAUAAAUAUUUAACUAAUAUUCACCUAGAACUGUUUACAAAUAUAAUUUAUAGACGUUUUAAAGCGAUUUAUUUCGUUAUCUACCCCCAAUAACCCUGUAAACGCUGGCGCGCGUCAUUCCAUUAUGUACCUUAUUUUAUAAGCAGAACGUAUACAAUUGAAUGACUUUUACUAUCUAAAGGUCAGGUCGGGUAACUCAUGUGAUAAACUCAGUCAAAAGUGCGAUUGACUCAAAAUAUAUAAUUAAAACAAACAAAUCUCAUAUCAAUAUGCUUUUAAUUGCGAUACUGUUAAUGACAAACAAGGUGAUGAUUUCAUAAUCAAUGCAACUUUACGACAGAGA